GGAAAUUUAACAUGGACAGUGGCGAUGAGCUUUCUAAACCCUCCGAUCAUGGAACCCUCGCAACCCCAAAAUCCCGACGAUUACUCUGCUUCUUCGACAAUUAUCACCUUCCAGCGCCCUAUUCCUCUAAUUCGAGGGCCAAUUCGAGCCGGUCCAUCUGAAAAUCCCUCGGCGGGUCCGUACUUGCUUGCAUUUAGGGAUCCCCAAGCUUGGGAAUCUGCGUACAAAAUAUGCGAGUCGAAGAUUAUCGAACAAUGCGAGGCCGGGGCGAGGAUCGGUUGCUCAAUAACUGCAUCAAACAAAUGCAAGCCGCCGUGGUGGGGAUUUUUGAUACAUUCGAGUAAGGGGUUGGAUUUGAAGGAGAGGGAGCACUGCGAAGAGCGAGAAAUGGAGGCUUGUUUGGCUGCCGCGAAGGAGAAGUGUGUUGGUUUUGCAAAGGAGAAGUGUUCUAAGCCGUUCAUGGAAGCUAGAAUUGUGGCAAGGGGGAGAAAGGUAACAGAGAAGGAGGCGAAAAUGUGGGUUUGUUGGGCAUCGGUGGGUAAUAAAGAUUUUGUUAUCCCUUUAGUGGAGAUCGGACGGAAGUUUUCUGGGGUUGGGCAUGGGGAGACGACUUAUAGGGCUGGUGAAUUAUUUUAGACAGCUACUUCUCUGGAACUGGUCUUGGUGAUGGUGGAUCAAGUAAUGGUUGUGCAUCAUAGGAGGAACUUUGAUGGAAACCUUGGCGUAUUGUCGUUUGUGGCUUUAUUGAAGCAUGUGGCAGUAAACGGAUUUUUUUUAAAGGUCUGAUCUGAUGGAACAUGUAUUGUGGACGAACAACUGCUGCAAUGGUUCAGUCGAAGAUGGACAAUAUGGAGGCCGGUUCAUUGCACUCACUUAAUAAUAGGAAAUAUCUGUUCGACGGCCAUACAUGUACCACAAUUUGCGGAACGACUGGAAUGAAGUACAUUGAACCUCUGUUUAUCUUCAUCAAUCGUCAUCAAAAAUAGAAUGGCAUAUAAAACAUUCAAAUCAAAGCAGCUUCCCAAUGUAUAAUUUGAUUCAGACCCUUUGUGGUGGUAGUUGUUAAAUCAAUAAAAGAUCAAGACAGCAGAACAAGAAGUGAGCAGUCUCUUGGGGACCAUGUGCAUGGCUUCUAACAAACUUUUGGAGAAAGAAAGACCCAGCAUCUUAACCCACCAAACCCAAAUCAUGCAUGUGAGUCUCUCUCUCUCUAUCUAUCUAUCUCUCUCUCUCUCUCUCUCUCUCUCUCUCUCUCUCUCUCUCUCUCUCUCUUGCUUUGCUGGUAUCUGUUUUAUAUAUUUCUUGUUGGGUAUUUCCUUAAGUUAUAGUGACAGUGAGAGUGAGAUCUAUACUUAUCUUUAUUGGCAAAGGGGGAUGCUAUUUGCUGGAGACUUAAUAAUGGACUCUUAAGACUUAAUAAUGUCAAAGUGGUCAGUUUGGACUCUUAAUAACGUCAUAUUUUACUCAAUCUUCCAUAAAAGGAACCCAUCUGGUGCAGGUUCAGGUAAUAUUUAUAUGAGUCUCCUGGUUUUCCAUGUACUGAAAAUGAUGGAUGAAAACAAGACUGAUAAAUCAUUUUUAAGAAGAA